CCCCUCACAUUACAAUAGACUGGCUAUCUGUCCUUUGGAAACAGUGCGGAAACAGACGCUGGCAGAAGGGACUGUUUCCACACGGUCUCUUAAAUCAAAAGUCUGAGGAAAGUGUAGAUGAUGUUUAACUGGAUGCUGCCCAGAUUAGAAGGUAAUCAAAUUGGAUUAAAAGCAAAAUUGGAUUAACCUGGAUUAUUUUUGCUGCCGUUUGCAGUUGAGGAGAGAUCUGAUGGAAAUAUAUAACAUAUCAGGGAUGACGCCAGAUUCAGCAGUGACCAUACCGACACUGGCAGUACCCACAUUAUAUAUUUUAUUUACAUUGGGAAGAAAGUCCAGGACCGCAUGGGGGCGCUGUUCUUCAUUAGCAGGGACAUGUGCAGUGGAGCUGGCAAUCUCUGACUUGUCUCAGCAGCUCAGUCCUGGUCUCGAAGGAGGAGGAAUGGCAAUCUCCGGUUUUAUGUAGUAAUUACACCUGAUGAAAGUUCUGAAAUUAGAAAGACCUCUCAUGUCCGGCUGAAUCCCCUGCAUCCACCACUUCCCUGCCUCAGCACACAGACCUGCCUCUAGCACGUCCAGGUUUCCGUCACCAAAGCUAAUGGUCCUCUGAUCCGUGGCCCCAUGGAGUGUGCUGCUGUGCAUAAACUACCAUGAGCAAUGUGUCUCAAAGGGCUUUUGGUCAGUGGAAAACCUCAGAAGCUGCCUUAAGGGAGCAGGAUCCUCUUAGGAACAAUGCAGUUCUCCAUUUACUACCCGUUUCGGCCUGUAACCCAUGACAACUGCACUCCUUUAGCCAUUUUCACAAUUUUUUAAUGAGGGAUCCAAAGGCACCAGAAAUAGGACAACCGCGAUUUCCAGCAUGAGGCUGCUGGGGCUGUCGAUAGUGAGCUGCAACAACACUUCCUCAGCCCAGGUAUUCUUGUGCAGUGCUCUCCAGAACUCAACAGAGACCUGAUGGGUUGCUGUCAGCAGCCUUACCUGAGGAUGGUGUCACCGUCAGAACUGGGUGCACCAAGUCCGCACCAAUCAACGAUCACCUGUACACUAGUUCCAUCCUACAUACUGGGGACAACUUACAAAAGCCAAAUAACCUACAAACCUGUAUGUCCUUGAAAAGUGGGAAGAAACUGGAGUACCCAGAGAAACCCCACGUGAUCACGAGAAGGAAGUACAAAACUCCAUACAGUCAGCACCCGCAGUCAGCAUCGAACCCGGGUCUCUGGGGUCCCAAAGGCUAACGAGCAGCACGGACAAAAGCAGGUGCAAGCAGGAGUGGGCCAUUCGGUUUGUCGAGCCUACUCCACCAUUCAAAAGGAUCAUGGCCACUUUGUUACUGCAAUGCUACUUUCUCUCUCAUGCACUAAUAACAUAAGCUCUCAAUUUAUUUAAUUUCCAAUAAUUGUAUCAAGUGUACUCAGAGUCACCAACCUCCUGGGUAGACAAUUCCAAACAUUCCAAGCUCAGGUCAAUAAAUGCUUUCUCAACUCUGUCCUGACUGGCCCACCCCUUCUCAUGACUCUGUGACCCCUGGUUCCAGACUCGUGGGGGCGGCAAGGUGGAGCAGCGGUAGAGUUGCUACCUUAAAGCACCAGAGAACUGGGUUCAAUCCUGACCACGGGUGCUGUCUGUAUAGAGUUGAUACCUUGUUCCCGUGACCGCGUAAGCUUUCUCCGGGUGCUCCGUUUCUUCCCACAGUCCAAAGACGUACAGGUUUGUAGGUUAAUUGGCUCUGGUAAAAACUGUAAAUUGUCCCUUGUGUGCAGGAUAGUGUUAGUGUACGGGGAUCACUCUGAACAUUAAUAGCCCAUUCAAACUCCUGUGAAAAAUAAUCACAAUCCUCACAAAACAAAUCUCCCAAAGAGACAGGCACUACACUACACUCAACUUAUAAAAGCUGUCUUUACAAUAAAUCUCUGCUUUCUGCUUUUUUUCACAACUAACAUCACCUCCAAAUGGCUGCUCAUUGGCCAUGGAAAGAUUGGUUCUGCAGACAGAUUUAAACUGUUCUCAGUUCAGCUGAAGAGUAACAGAUUUGAAGCAUUAAUUGUAUUUAUGUCUCCACAGAAUGAUCUCCCCCCCUUGAAUACAUCCAGAUUUCCCCAUUUAUAUUUGAGAAAAUAAUUAAUGUUAUAUUGAGUAUAUUGGGCAGCUUUGUCCAAAAAUGAUCUAAGUUUUGUUGGCAUUGAAUAAUUAUUUUAAAGAGCUUGUAAGACAACAAAAAAUCAGGAUAGGAAUGAAAUUGCCUUUAUUUGAAAUAUCAUUGAUAUUCCUCCCACAGUUCAUUACACUUUCCGUGGAACAUCUUGCGAGGAGACUCCAGCCAAUUGUAGCUCAUUCCAAGGCAAGUUUUAUUAUUAAUGGUCUACUGCUUUAGUCAACAAAAACCUUUUCAUAUUAAUAAUGAUGCAACUGUGUGAUCUCCAGGGAAGUUUCACUCCAGAAUAAAUGCACUGCUCCUCUCCAUGCAUCUUGUAAUCAGGUCGAGCACUUCCCUCCAUCACCAGUAGAAGACAUCACCUUCCACCAAAAAUGCGGGAGGCAACAAUACUGCAUCAGAUAGAAGACAUUUACUACCCUGUUCUUGCAGCUGUGGGAAUUCCAGUCAACUUGAUGGCCAUUGUGAUCCUGUCGAGAGGAAAGUGCAGACUCUCCAGGUGUAUCACUCUCUACCUGGUGGCCAUGGCAACGGCGGAUACGAUGGUCAUUUUCACUGAUGUGAUACUGUACACGAUCAUUCCUUUUCACUUCCCAGGAACUUACAUGUCCACCACUCCUGCAAUAUCCCUCCUACUCGUCCUGCUCUCUGCAGCCACCGAUGUCUCUGUCUGGUUCACCAUCACUUUCACCUUUGAUCGAUUUGUUGCCAUCUCUUGUCAGAAACUGAGAACAAAAUAUUGUACCACGGAAUCUGCCACAGUGGUUUUAACAGCAGUGAGCGUGGUGCUCAGUCUGAAGAACAUCCCUUGGUACUUUAUAUAUGAGCCUGAGUAUAUUGUUGACAAUGUACCCUGGGGUGUGAAAGUUUCAUCGAACUAUCUCACGGAAAGUGCCUGGUUGGCUUUUGACUGCCUCUCUAUUAUUUUAACCCCUUUCCUUCCAUUCCUCCUGAUUCUGCUGCUCAAUGCCUUGACAGUCAGACACAUUCUGGUGUCGGGCAGAAUCCGCAGGAGGCUACAGCAAUGCAACAAUAAUGAGGAUCACCCUGACCCAGAGAUGGAGAAGAGAAGGAAAUCCAUCAUUUUGCUCUUCUCCAUUUCAGGCAGUUUUAUACUUUUAUGGAUGACAAAUGUUCUGUAUUUCAUCUACAGGAGGAUUGCAAAUGUUUAUGUUUACACGAGUGUCCAUGACCCCAGUUACAUCGCUGAACAAACAGGCUACAUGUUGCAGCUUCUGAGCUCCUGCACCAACACCUGUAUUUAUGUGGUGUCCCAGACUAGGUUCAGAGAGCAGCUGAGGGAUGCCCUAAUGUACCCAUUCACUGUGGUUGUUGCAUGGUUUCGGUGAAGCAGCAACUACGUCAGAGCUACCAGUACAGUUCAGUCUCAUUUAUUCUUCCCACUGUUUCUCUGUGUGAAUUGUGACAGCGCCCCCUCCCUUGGAUGCCACUCUGAUCCCUAUCACUGGCUGACUGUCCAGGAGAGGCCGAUCCCCAGUAUCAUUGGUAAUCGCUGGUUCCAAUUAGUUGAUAUUAGUUAUGGCAACCUAAACCAUGUCAGCCUUCUCCCAAUAUAACCCAGGCAAAGAGGGAGGGGGGAGGAUUGGCAGGUCUGGCGGCAACAAAUGCAAGGAUCAGGGCUUCAUCAAGAAUCACCUCUGGCAGGACAAUAUUACUUGGGUGAAAGUAGGCGGUUCAUUUACAUGGUGAAUAUACUCAUUCUGCCCAGUGAGGCACUAGAGUUGUAUUUAGCUCUGGUUGUCCAAGGCAACACAUUUCAUAGACAUUGACAAUUUGGAGACUGUAGGAGGGGUACAGCUGUGGUGAUCAGAAUCAUCAGUGGACCUGCAGAACAUCAUCUCAGGCAUUUGGAUCAUGUCACCAAAGUUUGCCGUCUGGAUGAGAAAUAUUGGCGCGGCCAUGGUAGAAUUUUGGUAACUGAUGCAACAGCAGACCAUGUCAUGAGAUGCCUUGAAGCAAAAAUUGCACAUUGUCAGACCCCAAUAACUGGCAACAAUGCAUCAAGUUCAAGUUCAAGUAAGUUUAUUGUCAUGUGUCCCUGUAUAGGACAAUGAAAUUCUUGCUUUGCUUAAGCACACAGAAAAUAGUAGGCAUUUACUACAAAACAGAUAAAUGUGUCCAUAUACCAUAAUAUAAAUAUAUACACACACAUGAAUAAAUUAACUGGUAAAGUGCAAAUAACAGAAAGUGGUUAUUAAUGUCUCCUCCAUGAAUGUCUCCUCCAUGUCAUAUUUAAAUUGUAUCCAUUUUGAAGCAUUAUCACAUUGAAAUUACAAUUGGUCAAGAUAUUUCAGUAGUCCCGACUGUCUACAUUGAGAUUUUCCACAUUGGGUCUCACAAACUACAAUAGUGUGGAACAUUGAAUCUGAAAAUCAUACCUCAAGAACUCUGAUAGCUCAUAAAUUUAAACUAAUGAAUUUUCAGUGUAGGGCUUUGAAAUAAAUUAACCAAUCUGAUUUAACCAGUUCCUACUCACACGGCUGAGACUGUUUCCAGCCAUCUAUUGUCUUGAGUUGUUGGACCAAUACAGUCCAAUAUUCACUCCUGUUAUGUUCGAUAAAUCACCGGAUUCAAGCAACAUAGUUUGUAUAACACGGUAUUUUAUUUCAGUACAAAAUAAGGCACAAUAGACUCAGGUAGCCGCGUACGCACUCGCAAAACCCCGAUUGCACAGCAAAGCGUGCCGCCGAGUAGUGACCUGUUGAUUCCGUUAGCCCUGAGAGCCGCUCCAUUCUUUCAUCAUAUGUCAGUCCCGCCAUCCCGGGAAUUAACCUGGUGAACCUACACUGCACUCCCUCAAUAGCAAGAAUGUCCUUCCUCAAAUUAGGAGACCACUUACUGAAAAAUGUAUUUUCCGCACCAAUCUUUAAUCCUUCAGCUAACUUGGUAGACACUGCCUGCUUACCAUGGGUACUGAUCUCCCCAUCAUCAAAGUGAUCUAAAGGAAGUGCUGCCUCAUAAAGGCAGCCAACAUCACCACUGACCCUCAUCACCCUGGCCAUGGUCUCAUGUUAUUCCUAGGUACAGAAGAUACAGGCAUGAAAACCGUGACCACCAGGUUCAAGAACAGCUUCUUCCCAGCAACCAUCAGGGUCUUUAACUGUACAACACCAUUCUCAGCAUCUUUGAACAUCUGUGGACUGUGUCUUUGGUUACACUAUGAACUUUACGAUACUGAAGUGAUCUGAAAUUGAUCUGUGUUUUUGAUUUAGUAUUAUGGUUAUUAAUUUAUCGAAUUAUAUUAUCUGUGUGUAUUAAGUUAUGGGCUUGUUAAGCUAUAAUAAGGAAAAACGUAAUUGUUCCAUUGUCGAUACUUAUGACAAUUAAACACACUUGACUUUCUUGA